GCAGAGCGGAGAGGAGAGAAGAGAAGAGAAGCAGAGGCGGCAUGGCGGAGAAGAGCCCUGACCCGAGCGGCUCUGUGGCCCGGAGGUGUCCCGCCCUGUCUGCGUCUGACCGAAUACACUCAGCCACAAGUGCUUCGUCCAAGUGGGUUCGCCUUAACGUCGGCGGCACGUACUUCCUGACCACCAGGCAGACCCUGUGCAGGGACCCCAAGUCGUUCCUGUACCGCUUGUGCCAGGCCGACCCCGACCUCGACUCCGACAAGGAUGAAACGGGUGCGUACCUGAUCGACCGAGACCCAACGUACUUCGGUCCAGUCCUCAAUUAUCUGAGACACGGAAAGCUGGUGCUCAACCGAGGCCUCGCAGAAGAAGGUGUUCUGGAAGAGGCCGAGUUUUAUAACAUCACCUCGCUGAUAAAACUAGUGAAAGACAAAAUCAGGGAGCGCGACUGCAAAACGUCUCAGCUUCCUGUUAAGCACGUUUACAGAGUCCUGCAGUGCCAGGAGGAGGAGCUCACGCAGAUGGUCUCCACCAUGUCUGACGGCUGGAAGUUUGAACAGCUUGUCAGCAUCGGCUCGUCAUACAAUUACGGGAACGAAGACCAGGCGGAGUUCCUGUGUGUCGUGUCCAAGGAGCUGCACAAUCAGUCGUACGGCACAAACAGCGAGCAAACCGACAAGGCUAAGAUCCUUCAAGAACAAGGCUCUCGGAUGUGAGAGUGAAGUCGCUGCGCUCCAGGUUCUACACAACGCGACAACGUCAUCGUCAGAGCGAGAAAAAUCGAUCGGCACAACACAAGCCGGGCUGUUCAUAUCACAGCUUUUUCUUUUAUUAUUAUUAUUUUUUACAAGUAGUCAUUUAUUCGUUUUCAUACAAAAAAACCUAAACAAAGCAGGAAUAUGCAGGUCAGUUUCAAACAAAAGUAAGAAAAAAAAAAGGGCAGCGUUUAUAUCACGGUCCGGUUUACUCAGGGUCUCAGCUCGACAUUCAGAAUACGACUCGUCACAUUUUUUCACUUUAGUUAAAAAAAAAAUAAAAAAUGUGUAUAGUAUGGAAAUCGUCACCUUUUAUAAAUCCGGACCGUCUGGUUACAGCGUUCCGCAUCGCAGGUGUUACCAAGGCGACUGGUGACGCGUCAGAGUCGACCCCAGGUGUUCUCGUCAUACGGAUUAUUAUUUCUUUUUCUUUAACACGUACAAACACAGACUUCUGUAUUCGAGCAUGUCACAGCGAUCGAACCUCUCCGACCCGACUAGUGUUAACCUUCAUCACCGUUCGUUUCAAGGUUGCGGUAACAACCGACUUUUUACCUUUUUUUUUUUUUUGCUGAAAAAUGAAAAAAAAAUUAUGUAGAUAUCAUAUGUAAGGCGGUGCUGAACUUCGUCUUCCAGCAUUGGAUUCAUUCCAAACGGUUUGCAGGUUGUUGUUGUUUUUUUUUGUUUUUUUUAACUUUAUAAUCUUUAGGAGAGAUCUUGGGCUCUCAGAGCUGAGUCACUUUUUUCCAGAACUGCAAACUCUCUCGUUUAGUAUGAUGUUAUUUUUAAUUAACUUAUUUACCUGUUUUUUUUGUUUUGUUUUUUUGCCUUUGCUGUUUAAAAAAAAAAAAACAGCUUAUUAUUAUUAUUAUUGACAUGACAGCGACUGUUAUUAAGUAGAAAUAUCUUUCUUUUUACUGACAGAUACACAGAUCAGCCACAGCAUUAACACCACCGCCCGGUGAAUUAAAUAACACUGAUUAUCAGUUUUAUACAGUAAGCUAUACACACACACACACACACACACACACAGUCAUUGCCAGCCAAUCCGUUCCCACAGAAAAGCCAAUUUUGCACAUAUUGCUAAAAAAGAAUUUGAUUCAAAGAUUUGAAAUGCACCUGAUAAACAACUGAUCUGUGGUGACCCAUACCCAACACCACCCCCAAGCACACAAAGGAUCCGGAACCGCCCCGAUCCGCUCCUCUGCUUAACACUUCCAGGGUUUUAAUGUUGUGGCUGAUCGGUGGAAAGGAAAGAGACACUUUGUGUAAUUGUCUCUAAAGCAUGAUCACACUAGGGGUGUAUGCAGUGUGUCCCAAAACUCUCUAAAUUAACCUUCGUUUUUUUUUAAUACUUAGUUCCUAUAUUAUUUUUAUAUAUAUAUUUUUUGCUUCAGAUAUUCUUUAAAAACCCUUAGACAAAUGGAAGUGCAAUUACGUGCACCAGAUGUGUUUACGAGUUCAUCCUGAGUGCAAGAGACGACUUCAUGUGUGUUUACAAACAAAUAGCAAUCGUGUAGAGGAGUUACAAAAAAAAGUGUUAAUUUGACGUGUGUGUGAAGAUGUUUGGGACGCCCUGUAGAUACAGAGUCCGAUACGGCACUGAGAACUGUUCUGUAGAGUGUGUUCAGUUGACGUCACGCGGCUUGGCCUUGAUCCACUAUUCAAUCUUAUCACUGAAGCCGUGUCUAUAAAACCAUAAACGCUGGAGAAGUAAGGACGUUCCCAGCGAAGGAACGGAGCGGGACGGAAAGGCUUUGCUUUUAUUAGAUUUGUCCAGAAUAUCUGCAUCAAUUGGAAAUGAUCAGACCUCUUCAGCUUGAGUAUACAGCGGUACCUCAGCACACGAACGCCCCACCUCUACACAAAUUGUCACCUCAAGAAUUUUGAAAGAAAUUUGCCUACAAAGCAUUUUCAGCGUACGAAUGAACAGGCAGAGCCGAAGUUGCGUGUACGUCUGAGACCCGAUCAAAACUUGUCUGAAACAUCAUAGAUAAAGAUAAUAGAAAGUCAAGAAAAGCGAGUUUACAUAUUUCUUUUGUAGGUUUAGUGAUUUAGUGAAGACGCAGCACCACGGGUCCCAAGAAUGUUAGCAAGAAAAAAAGGGAGCCGCUUUCAGUUUGGUUUUUAAAGCAGUUGGUGCCAAGAGAAAUCAUUAAUUAAUAUUUUACUUCAUUUACACGUCUUUCAAUUAUAUUUUUAUGCUUAAAUAUAAUUUAGUGUUGAAAAUUAAGAACAUUAAUAAUAUUUUUGCUAAUAUGCCUGCCUUCUCAACUGCAUCUCCACACAAGUUUCGGUUAUUUAAAGGUCCCGUUUAAAUAAGGUAUCAGAUCUGUGAGAUACUGCUGAGCCACACAGGAGGACAGGAGAAGGGUGUUGUCUUAUAUGAGGUCACAUUAGGGGAAAAUUUAUUCAGCUUGUUUUAAGUAAGCCCUGGACAAUAAAAGAAAAAAGAAAGAAAGAAAAGGAUAAAAAGCAGGGGUCGUUUUUGUUCUGGUUAGUUUCAGACCUGUCUGGAUGUAUACUCUGCCUUCUUUAUAUUGUAAGUUCGCUUCUAAUUGCAUUACGGCUUUUACUUAUUAAGAGCAAUAUUUAGACGACAGUAAGACUGGGGAUCCCGCGGUCUAGUUUUAAACAGGUUUUAUUUUGGACGCCGCUCGAGCCACAUGACUGCACACACUCUAUAAGAACAUUAAACUCCUAAUAUGUUCAUUUUGUUGAUGCUGAAACACAUUAGAUUUGGUGUUAUACAGUCACUUGUUUUUUAAGUGGUAUCCAUACACCCCUGAACGGUGCCGCGGUGUAGUUUACCGUAUCGUACGGAGUCGUACCUAAAACUGUAGCAGUAUGCAAUCAAGUAGAAGUAAAGCUCAGAGAACGCUUCUCAAUCCUUUGCUUCAGUCUCUUUUUUUUUUUUUAAUAAUAGUUUUAAUAUUCAUAUGAAUAAUUUUUUUCUUAUUUUUAUGACGUUGCCUUUAUGUAACGACCAACAAAAUGUGGUCAGGGACACACAAACACACACACACACACAAAACAAGUGGACCGCUUCACCGGGCUACAAGCAUAUCUGUGGAACACUGUACAUAGACAUCACUAGUGCACGCGCUCAGAUUCUCCCUACGUCUAUCUUUCACACGCAAAGGGCUUAUAAAUAAAUAAAUAAAUAAGAGGUAUAACUCUCGCAGAGGUUUCUAUCCAGCCUGAUCAAGGCUAUGUUUACAUGGCUAGUGUUUUCUAAUCUGUUUUGUUGUGUUUUUCCCGCGUUUACAAACACGGACCCUCGCACCGCAGUUUGGCUGGUUUUCAAUACUUUACAUGUUUACAUAUCGCACACCUUUUUUUUUCUCAAACUAGUUACUGUCCAGCCUGUGUCUUAGCAAUCGAAAGGACGUUCUGUUCCUCACCAGUGGAGCGGCGCUGACGAGCUCCACGCACCAGUAUCUUGUCAAAUACGCCGCAUUUGUUCCUCCCACCGAGGCUAAAGAGCAGGGCGUCUGCCGUCUCGUCGCCGUUCUCUCUCUCUCUCUCCCGGACUUAAAGGGAGGGUGUAGCCUUCUUCGUAUGUGCACUCAGACGCCUCGACCCCCCCACACACGUCCGCCUAUUUCCAGUGGUCCCCCGUUUCCUCUUUAUUACUAGUUUUUGUUUGGGGGGGAUGUAUAGAAUUCUUUUUUUUGUGCAAUGUGUUUUUUUUUGGGGGGGGGGGUUUGUAUAAGCAAAAACAAGCAGGCCUACAACGGCAUCUGCUCCACUUUCACUGCUGUUCCUAUAUUCCUAUCCUAUAAAAUGUAUUUUUUUUUUUUGUAUUGAUAUUUUUAUGCUUCAGAUUGUGUACACACGAUAUUAUAUGUACUUGCAAGUUAACAACUGGGGAAAAAUGUAUAUGAUGGUUAUGCUAGAUCCAGGUCUACCUUAAUAAAAACCUUGUUGAA